AUGGAUCACUUCGAGGAAGGGCUGCAGCUUUUCCUAGCUCGACAUCAGACGCCAUUGGAAAAGCUGGAGGUGACAGAAUUCAGGCAAAGUUGCUUUACGAGCAGCAGGACCUUGUACAUAUGUGACAGUUGUCUUGGUGGACCUUGCGCUUCUUCAUCGACCGUUCGUGACAGCGAGCAUCCAUCGGUGUCUGGCGCAAAUCCCUGCCAAAGCUGUCAGUUCUGCCGCUCCGCUCAUUCGUAUGUUUUGUAUUUGGAUGCCUCUGGAGCUAUCAAACAGGGCUUGGCUGACGAUGGCGGCUGGAGAGCCUGGACUGUUGGCGAGCCGUUUGCUUCCCAUGAUGUUCAGAAUCUAUUCAGGCAAGUGCAGGAGGGCCAUUAUGAGAUUGUGGUGGCUGAUGCGAGUCAGAGAACUUCUCUCGCGCAUAUGCAGCCCGAGCGCCUUGCUCAAGGGCUAUCUUUGGCGCAAGAGAUUGGCCGUGGCAUUGCAGAACGUGGAGUACUCGGCCUACAAACCUCAUACACAAUCAAGCAUGGUGCGCUAGCAGGAGCGCCGUGCUCGCAUGUUCACAUGGCCGUUACAAGGCGACGCUGCCUUCCGUUUGACCAAAGACUGAGAGCCUCCCGUCUCUUCUAUCGAAGUUACAGGCGUUGCUCCGUGUGCCACUGCCACAUUGCAGCACCCUUCAAUGAUGAGCAUUCGGCAAAGCGCUUGCUCUACGAAACAGGUGAUUUCGUGGCGAUUGUACCAUAUGCGUCGACGCCAUAUCGA